GACCUGAGGAGCUGCAGUCACCAGUUGUUGGAAUACAAUCAUGAAACUGCUUCAGGAUUCAGAGGACUCAAAGGCAGAGAGAAAGAGUCUCAAACCUCAGGUGGAGAGACGUAGAAGAGAGAGAAUGAACCGCAGCCUGGAGAACCUGAAGACUCUUCUGCUACAGAGACAGGUAAGACAACACAACACUCACCUGGGUGGGACUCAGCACAGAGUGGAGAAAGCUGAGAUACUGGAGCACACAGUCGUCUUCCUGCAGAACACUGCUGAAGGAGACAAGACCAGAGCUGGAGGAGGUGUUGAUGGAGGAGGUGGUGUUGUAGGAGCAGGUGGAGGUGGUGGAGGCCGGAAACACUCCUUCCAAGACGGCUUCUCCACAUGCCUGCAGACAACUGCUCGGUUCCUGGGACCUGAGGGAAAAGGCCUGUGGCUUGGAGCAGCACUGGAUGCAUCUCUUGCCGCUCGUUUUCCAUGUUCAGACUCUGAUUCUGCAGGAGUCCAAUGGAGAACUGAAGCUCCAUCCUCCUCCUCACCCUCUUCCUCCUCCUCCUCCUCCUCCUCCUCUUCAUCCUCCUCCGCCUCCUGCUCCUCCUCCUCCUCCUCCUGCUCCUCCUCCUCCGGUUCUCUGCGUCUCAGGAAGUCCUCCAGGUCUAUUCUUCGGUUGCUCAUACACAGGUCCGGGCUCAGACUGUGCACGCCUGCCUUGACCUCUGUGGCCAGUUGUGUUCAGACCCAUAGAGAAUCACAUCUCUCUCCCACAACAACAACUCCUCCACAGCCACACAAAGAGGCGAGUCGAUCGAGCAAACAGAGCCCGUCCCAGAGCCAGCCGCUCGGCCAGACACUGUGGAGGCCCUGGCCCUGAGCACCACCACCAGUGAGCUCACAAACUGAACUUUUAAUGACUCUAACAUGCUGAUUAAUAUUUAUACAAGGGCAUGUGUUGUUCAUUCAACUUUUACAAGGCUAUUUCCAGUACAAUGCAUCAGUGGCGGCUGGUGUUAAGUUUUCUUGAUGGGGCUGUGCCACAUCCAAUCAAUUUCAGCAAACAUCCCGGUAUGAUUUAAUUUGAAUUCAUGUACUCAGCGGUGGAAUGUAAUACAAAAUAUAAUCACAUUACAAUCAAAUUACACAUAUUACUGGGUGUAUUCCAUAUUUAAAACACAAAUAUUGACAAUUCGUAUAAGUUUUAUUAUUAUUAUUAUAAUUAUUAUUAUUAUUGUUAUUAUUAUUAGUAGUAGUAGUAAUGUUUUUUUUGUGUGACUCAGGGAGUCCUCUAUUGGCCGGCCGCCACUGUAUAACAUGCUGAUUAAUAUUCAUACAAAGGCAUGUGUUGUUCAUUGGACUUUUACAAGGCCAUUUCCAGUGCAAUGUAUUGAACACCUCCUGCUUUCUGUAAAGUCUGAUACAUGUGUAGAUAUUGUAAAUCUAUUAUCAAGUGCUGCUACAGCCUUUACAGGCCAACUCGUGUUAAUUGUGACAUAUUGUGAUGUAUUUUUGCACCUUAAUUUAUUUUAUUUGUCAUUUGCAAAUAAACAAAAGGAAAAAUCCCUAAACAAUGCGCAUGUGUUCAUUGAUUGUUUGCUGGCACGUGUCUCGAGCAGCAUAAGUGUGGACUUAAGUGUGGACACCAUGCAGCGACGCAUCACACAAUGCAACGACCUCUAAUCCUCCUUUACUUCGAAAAACUAUAACAAACAUUCAGGAAAAUGUAAUACAUAUAUUCGUACACAUUUAGCCUUUUAUUAUUAGCCUAUAAGUAUUAUAGUCAAUUUAUAUUAUAAGUAUAUGUAAGAAUUAUAGUUCAAUUUAAAGAAACUAAAUAAUCAGGAUUUAUUUGCCAGUGACAUGCAUACAUGGACUUUGACUCCGGUUUUAUGAAGCUCUCUCAAUGUUCUUACACAGAAGAGAAAUAGGAAGUUAAAUUGAUAAGGAGUGGAAGCUGUGCGUAAAAGGUGCCAUUCCCGUGCGUAAUGCCACUUUUGGGCGUGCGUAAAACAGCUCUUAAAGCGGCACGCUGUCCGAGCAUUUA